UUGUAAAUAGAGGUCCAAUAUGGUUCACACCGAAGUAUACUUGGACCUUAUCGACCUAAUGCAGUGCCCCCGCCAUCAAAUAAUUGGAAUAUAGUUGUUUACAAGUCUAACAGUCCUUCGGGUUAUCUUUCCCUGGGUAAAUUAGAUGUGCACUAAAUCGAGUCAACAACACACAGAGCAAAGGGAAGUGUGAUCAAGUAAAUUAGAUACAUUCGCUGUAGUAAGCACUGUAGCAGUUAAGAUCGGAUGCGUACCCUGCAUAUUGAUAUCAAUAAUCAGGUUUAUGAUUGACAGGCGAAUUGAUUUAAAUACAUUAACACAUUUGCACACAGCCAUUGUUGAUAAGGCUUUCCGAUGCGCAUGCGAAACGCUAGCAAAAAAGUUGCAUCCUGUGUGUGCACUGGGGGGAAACUCAGUAUUCGUGACUGCAGCACUGAGAGCAUAGUUUCACUGCCGCACAGGGAAUCUGAACUGCAAUCAAGUGUCUCCAAGCGACUGUCCGCCGGGCGACCCAGGGUUAUAAAACAAGCCUAUCAACUCUCCGGCCAACAGUUUGCGAGCUAACCGUGCUAACGAGAAUACCACAAAAGCUACACAGCUAACGUGAAAUGGCGACGGCAAUAUACUUGGAACAUUAUCUUGACAGUAUUGAAAACUUGCCAUGUGAGCUACAGAGAAACUUUACUUUAAUGCGGGACCUUGACAACAGGACUGAAGAAAAGAAAGGCGAGAUUGACCAACUGGCUCAGGAGUACAUUGCGAAAGUGAAGAACCUGGCCUCUGAGCAGAGAGUGGAACACCUGCAGAAGAUCCAACAUGCCUACAGCAAGUGCAAAGAGUUCAGCGAUGACAAAGUCCAGCUUGCAAUGCAGACAUAUGAAAUGGUGGACAAACAUAUCCGUAGACUUGAUGCAGAUCUGGCACGUUUUGAGAAUGAGCUAAAGGAGAAAUUGGAAGUGAGCGGCUAUGAAAGUACAGAAGGAAGAGCAGUGAAAAAGGGUGAAUCCAGAGGGCUGAAAGAAAAGCGUGCUUCAAGAGGAAGGGCAAAGAAAUGUUCUGAUGAAGAUUCUCCCAAAAAGAAAAAGAUAAAAAACAGCCCAGAGUUGAGCGACACUUUCCUGCCGAUGCAACCAUCAGACGUUUUGGACAUGCCAGUCGAUCCCAAUGAGCCGACGUACUGCCUGUGCCACCAGGUGUCAUACGGAGAGAUGAUUGGAUGCGAUAACCCAGAUUGUCCAAUUGAGUGGUUUCAUUUUGCUUGUGUUGAUCUCGCCUCAAAACCAAAAGGAAAAUGGUUUUGUCCGAGGUGCACCCAAGACAAGAAGAAGAAAUGAGGUUUCUAACUGCUUAACUAUUAAUGUAUGUAAUUUUGUGUAGGUUAAAGGGAUAGUUCAUCCCAAAAUCAAAAAUGCAUAUGUUUUCUCUUACCCUAAGUGCUAUUUAUCAAUCUGGAUUGUUUUGGUUCAAGUUGCCGUAGCGAUAUCUUUGUACCCAACUACACCGUCCAACCAAAUUAUACCUGGUGGUUGUGACAGCUUGAGAUAAUAAGCGUCCUCUUCAGCUUAGCUGUAAUAGUAGCUGCCUCACCAGAGCCUCAUUCAUAAGUAGAUGUACGCUUUCCUUUUUAUGAUGUGGAAAGAAAAAAUAAUAGAUUGCUUGAUUUGUUCAGCUGACUCUCGCAUCAAAACAAUCUAUAUUGAUAAAUAUAACUACACGUAAGAGUGAAACUUAUGCAUUUUUAAUUUGGGGUGAAUUUUCCAUUUAAUAGUGUAAAAUAUAUAUUUCAGAUACUACAACUGUCCAUAUACUUUGUGGGUUACACAGCUUUUAAAGGUAUAAUAUGAAUUUGGACUAUAGCUCUACCUGUGGCACCAUUUUUCAUCAAUUCACCCGAAUAUGAUCUGUCCACUCGGUGUUAUUUGAUCCGGACAGUGGAGUUAAAAGGUGAACAAAUGAUUACCAAUCAGAAAGUCCUUCCUCUUGAGUCAUAUAAUAUGUAUAUUACCGUUACUAACGUACUCAGAAAUCUUGGAUUGUGGCUUGAGCUUACUUGAAAUAUCAAUUUUAUAAAUAACUAUUUUUUUAAACAAAUUAACAGCCUGCUGAAAUAUUCAAUUUUAAACACCUUAAAACCUUACCAAACGUUGGUGGUAAAGGGAAUUAUGUGUCAUAUUUUCAGUUACCUCCUAAGGGAAUACAUCAGCACUGCAUAAAUGACUGCAAUUGAUAACAUUGGAAAAACAUUAUGUAUAUCUUAAACCAAAACAAGAAAUCAACGUACGUUUGUUUUGGAUUUAUUUUCAAAGAACCUGUGACAUUUUUGAAUGUAAUGUGGUACUAAUGGCCAGUCAGUCAGUGUCUCAUGUUAACUGAAUGAGGUAUCAUGCACUUUGAAUGAACAUUUUCCCUGAAGAGGUUGAAAGCUGCAGGAUUGAUUUUAUGAUAUAGUUUAUCUCAUUUUAAAUUGUGCCAUAGUGCGUCGCUUCAAACCAUAUAGAAUGAUAUACCUAUAUGUUUUGUAUGAUACAAGACAAUAUUUUGUGGACACAGUUUUUCCAAAGAUAUAUAUGUUGUAUUGGUGUGCACUCAAAUUGUAUUUAAUAGGAUUUUAGCAUCUUCUUUCGUAUUCAACUGUGAAUAUCACUUGCGUAGGUGUAAGCCACAAAUACACGAGCCAAAGUCUUUGUAUUUUGUAAAAUUCUGUAUUUUAUAACAAAUAAAUAUUUGCUAUUAAUGAUGCAUAUUUUAA